CCUGCUUCCGCUUCCAUCGGACCCAUUGCACCACGGUCAAGUGCCCCGCCUCCUCCAGUUGAGAAGGAGCAGAGUAUUAAGUACAUGCGCUCUCAAGAGGAGUCUAAUCCCGCACAAGCCUUUGCGGGUCAUCUCCAGCAGCCCGCACAGCCGCAACCAGCCGGCGGUCAGCAGCAGCAGGGACAGCAGCACCCGCAGGGUCCCGGACAGCAGCAACCCUUUGGCGGGAAGGCACCUCGUGGACGCGGUCAGCGGGGUGGCCACGGAGGUCGUGGUCAGCAUGGACGUGGUGGACGUGGUCAGCGGGGCCGCAGUUAUGGUCAGUAUCAGCUUGGUCAUGCUUAUGCUCCACACUUUGGAUAUGGUUAUCCUCCAUCGGGCUACUUUCCAGGGGGUGCACCGCAUGCUGGCAUUCUUGGGGCUCCAGGUUCAGCGGGUAUGUCUGUUCAGUCAAAUUUUUAUACUUAUGCCUUAUCUACUUUUUCUACUAACCAUGGCUAUGCAGGCUCUUCCCCAGUAGAGGGAAACUCAGUCCCUCCUCCGGUAGUUUGUCAAAUUUGCUAUGCUCCAGGUCAUCCAGCCUCCACCUGUCCCUCUCGUUUUGUUCAGCCGACUGCUCCUGCUCUUGGUGCUCAGACUCCUGAUGCUUCUAAUUUGGUUUGGUAUCCUGAUUCAGGUGCCUCAGCACACAUGACUCCUCAUUCACGUAUUUUGUCACAUAAAUCCUUUUCUCUAAAC